GAGAACGCGGGUGAUUUAGAGUUCGGUAGGGAAGUUCAGGCAUUAGAGGUUGGGCAUCAUGUCUCUGUCGGCUGAAUCCCAAUGGCCCGAGCACCUUGUCCCGCUGAAAGAAGUGGAUAAUUUGUUGCGUUGUGGGAUAUGCUUUGACUACUUCAACAUUGCAAUGAUCAUUCCCCAGUGUUCACAUAAUUAUUGUUCUCUCUGCAUUCGCAAAUCCCUCUCCUACAAACCUCAGUGUCCUACAUGUUGUGUGGCAGCUACAGGACCUGACCUGAAAAAUAACCGAAUAUUAGAUGAACUGGUACAAACCUUUAAUUCUGCAAGGCAGCGGCUGUUCCAGGCAGUCUUGGAUUCUCCACCAGUUUCUUCUCCAACACUGUUUACCAAGAAGGCUUCUGACAAAGGUCAUAUUUUGAGUACCCCGGUUGAUUUUGCUUUGGAACAGAAAAAGCAGUGUAUAGGUGCCUUUUUUGUCAAAGACAUUUGCACACCUAGAAGGCACUUAUCCCUACAUGAAAGGGAAAGCAAAAAGAUCAAAAUAAAGCAGGAAGAGAGUCCAUGUGGUUCUGAAGAAGACCAUGAGACAGUUGGCAAAGAAGCAGGAAGCAUUAGUCCUAUAGGAGACACCAGAAAUCUUGAAAUACCUUCUACAUCUGCAACAAAAGUUGUCACAAAGGUGGAGUGUCCGAUCUGUGGCGUUCCUGUUCAAGAAUUACAUAUAAAUAAGCAUCUUGAUAGCUGCUUGACAAAAGAUGAGAAGAAGGACAGUCUCCGAAGCUCUGGCCACACGAGAAAGUUAUUGCCGAAAGUGGUUUACAAUUUACUUUCUGACCGUGAUUUGAGGAAAAGACUGAAGGACUAUGGGCUAUCCACCCAGGGAACAAAGCAACAGCUUAUUAAAAGGCAUAAAGAGUUUGUGCACAUGUAUAAUUCACAGUGUGAUUCUUUAAAUCCCAAAUCAGUUGCUGAAAUAGUAAAAGAGCUGGAAAACGUCGAGAAGACUCGGAUGCAGCUUGAAUCCAGCAAACCUAGGGAAGAUAGCAUGACAUUUGCAAAGAACCAGACAGAGAAUGAAAUAGAUGAAAUUCACAGAGAUUAUCGGAAGAAACACAAAGCUGAAUUUCAGCUUUUAAUUGACCAGAUGAAUAAGCGAAAGAAAAAUACCAGUAAAGUCAAAUUAAAGGGAAAAGGACCAGAACAGAAAGAAGCUUCCACUGAAGAACUUACUAUAGAGAUGGGAGAAACAUUGGAUGUUGAACAAACAGACCGGGCCUCCAUUACAGAUCACUUGCCUGAAACAGAAGCUCUAGGCUGUGGAAGAAGCCAAACUCUGGAUUGCUCUGAAGUCAGAGGAUUGGGUCCUCCUUCCUCAUUUCAGUCCUCUGAAUCAUCAAACAGCUCAAGUUCAGACAUCAUAAGAGAUCUAGAAACUGCUGGAAUGUGUUCGGGCUCCUCAGAUAACCACAGUUUCCCAGAUAUGAAAAUGACCAAGCAAAAAUCGCAAUGCUCUAGAAGAAGCCAAUUCUUGCCCAAGAGUAAACGAAGAAAAAAAUAGCAUAAAGAUAUCAGAUAUUAUAUUGUAUUAUGGAAACUUCUAAAAUGCCUUUGCUUCUUCCAAGGUCCAUGGAAAUAAGCAUCCUAGUUCUAAAUGCAUUUACUUGGAAGUAAUUUCCCUUGUUAGCAAUAGAAAACACUUCUAAAUAAAUAUGCCACUUCUAUUUAAAGCACUGAAACAGCUGUAUAGCUGUGUUGCAUAAAAAGUUUCUAUUCAAUGGUUCCUAUUAAAAUAGUUUCUGUUCUAUUUCCACACAAUAUAGGUGGCAUUUUUGCCUUUAGAAUGCACACUGGUUUAUUUAGGUUGUCUUCCCUCUUGCUUUUUACUUAUUCAUCUUCAAGUAUUAUUGCUUCUGUUUGACUCUUAAUUGUUGGGGUGCUUUGGGAUGGCUCAUUUACUCAUGCACAAAAGAACCCUAAUUCACAAAGCCUUUUUUAGAUGUGGGGCAGGGCAGAGAGCUGAUCAUAUUCUUUUACGUAAAGAGAAGUGCCAACUUUUUAGGCCUUUUGAUCCAUCUGGAACAAAUAGCAUUUUCAAACUAUUAACCACUGGCUUCCUUCAUAUUU